GAGGGGAAGAGACUUGACACCACACACCCUUAUCCACAACGAGCGCGCCCCAGUGUAGUGUGUGUCCAAACCUUCUCCACGCCUUCCCUCCCAUUCCCUUCUCCUCUGUCUCUCUGUUCUUUCCAAGAGCCAACAACGCCAGGCAGCUCAAACGAAGCAAUGUCUUUGGCACCCUCCAUCCCUUCCAUCAAGGUGAAGGUGGGACGUGUCGUCCCGCCGCCUUCGUACCGGGCAUGCAGGUCCUUCGCCGUGAUCCGGAGCUCCAGCGCGGAGGGGCCCAGGAGACCGUCUGCGCCCCCGCUGUCGCCGCCGCCGCCCAUGCCUCCCAAGGGGCCAUCUCUGUCCAGCCCUCCGAGCCUGUCCAAGCCACCCACCCCGGUGAAGCCGGCAGCGCCGUCACCUCCUCCUCCUGAGACGAAGCCGGCAGCCUCGGUGGCUGCUGGGCCGCCACCGGUGGGAGGGGUUGUGACGUUCGAGUACCAGAGGAAGGUGGCCAAGGAACUGCAGGAGUACUUCAAGAAGAAGAAGCUGGAGGAGACCAACCAGGGGCCCUUCUUCGGGUGGCUAGCCAAGAACGAGAUUUCCAAUGGAAGAUGGGCUAUGUUUGGGUUUGCAGUAGGGAUGCUAACAGAGUAUGCAACAGGCUCGGAUUUCGUCGAGCAAAUGAAGAUCCUUCUCUCCAAUUUUGGGAUUGUGGAUUUGGACUGAGAGCUGAUGUUUGGUGUUGUUGUUAUGUAUAAGUCCGAAGUAUAAUCUAUCUUCUUUUAUCCAACGUAUAGAAAGAUCAAUCUUGCACAUUGGUAUACCCUUGACUUCAUUUGUACUACUGUCCUGUCAGUUUUGAUGAAUGUAAAAUCCACUUUCCAUC